CAGCAAUGUUGGCAUUCGUGAUUCUGACACGCAAUGUCGUGCAACAGUUGCGGAAGAACUGCACGUCUCGAGAGACUGGCGUUGCUGAUUACUUUGGUUCUUGCUUACGAAAUUCCCACUCUAAAAGACCUUGAAAAUGCACUGAAUCCAAAUGCGAUAGUCUGGAUCCGUCAUAGAAACUACGAGCAGGCUAUAGGAUCCCAGCAUUAUUGCGAAUAUUUUGAAAUAGCAAGCCCAAAACCUCCUAAAUACGCAAUUGUUCAACAUUACAAGGUGGACAGCACAUGGAAACGCAUAUUUCGAGAAGCAUACCUGACGCCAGCAGGAAAGUGGUAUGGACCCAACUGGGUUUUGAAAUACGGAAUUUCCUCGGACUAUGCCUACGAGCUGAAAUUUUGGGAGCCUACAGAGCACUGCGCCAUCAUGACUAUAGAUAAAACCUUGUGCGACAUGUUCGUUUGGGACGAUCGUGUUGAGAAACAAAAUACCAAGUGUGAUAAGGCCUAUGAUGAACUGUGUGGCCGCAAAAAAUACAAUAUAUACAACCUUUACUGUCUGCCGGCGUGGAAAAUAUACCAACAAAUGACCUUUGAACAAGGGACUCCUACGAAAAGAGAAAAGUUGUAAACAUUUCGUGAGUUCCACUGAUUGCAUAGAGUGGCAUGUGGAAUGAACAGAAUAUAUAACAAGAUUUACACAGAUUACGACAUCAUAAUAUUGGACGCUGCUGAUUCAUCUAUUAUAUUGGACGGUUGAUGAUUUUUGUUAUGGAGUUUUGAAACUCGCGGUAAUUAUAUUUCACUGUGCAAUAAAGGUGGGCU